UUCAGAUUGUUGUUUGCCUGCACCAAAUAAUGGCAGAGACGCAGCCGCAUGCAUCAAUGGAGGAUCCCGAGGGGGAGCUAUCUGAAGUAUCGCUGGACGAACCUGCAGCCGAUAUGGUCGUUCAUGCAGGAGACGGUCCCAGCAUCAAUCCAGCAGCUGAAGACAAAGUCGAUUUGGAGGGAAAUGUGCAAUUGAGCAAUGCAAAUGGUGCAAAAGCAGUGGAUGGAGCUACUUUGAAUACUCAGAGCAAUGGCCCAGCGUCCAAGGAUUCUAGACCUCGAGCACCCGGGGAUCGAUCAGGACCAAAUGGGGAUCAGGAGUCUGUACCAGGAUCAGCUAGCAGAAGGCCGUCACUGACUAUAUCCCCUGGCAUCUCAGUUUCUCCAGCCGUGGCUGCCCUUCCUCCCAUUUCGCCUGCAGCGCAAGCCUUGAAGCAAAGGCAGGAGGCAGUAGAUGCAUCUAAUGCGCCAACUCCUGAAGUGACUCCCACCUCAACUCCUCCUUCAGGUCCUGCCGUCAUCCCUGCUUUUCCUGCCCCUCCCCUAGCUACAUCAGACACUCCUUCCUCUGCUGCCCCUACUUUGCACCCCCCUACUGAUGCUGACUCCUUGGGGUACCCGGCGCCUGGUUCGCUCAUGAGGGGGGGACAAGCACCACCUGUGAUCGCCAUUCAAGAACCAAUAGGAGAGGAAGGUGGGGUACUGAGGUUUGGGAAGCCUGUGGCACCAGGGGGGGGGCUACUACCUGAUGAUCUGCAAGACACAGAAACACUGGAUGGCGAGUCUUCAUCUGGCAAGUUUGACAAGGUCGAUCUAUCUGACGAGACGGGUUACCAGAAAGGGCUGGCUAUGCUGGAGCGGGGCGAGAUGCCGACUCCUGACAUGAUGUCACCGCAGGAGUGGGUGGCAUUCCAGCAGCAGCGGAGCUCUGGCUUAGGCAAGAAGCAUCCCACAGCCCAGCCAGGCGGGGGCAGAGACCAGCAGGAGGGGGGCUGGUUCCAGAGCGUGACACCAUAUGCCAAAGAGAUGGGCCGGACGUUCGGCCGUAUUGCUACCAGCGUCGAGAAUGCGUACAAACGCGGCGAGCGCCGCCGGGACCGUGUCAUGGCCAUGGUCGAGAGCGCCCAGCAAGCGUCAGCUGAAGUGGCGGCAAUCACGCCAGAGGUGUUUGAGUCGUUCUGGAGAAAGCACUUCAACGCACCGCCGGAAGAGGAGCUCGAGAUUGCUUACGCAUGCUCGUUGAACACCGAAGCCGGACCGCUGCCUGGCGUUGUCUACCAAUCCAACAAAAGCAUAGCGUUCAGCUCCGACAAGCCCGUGGCUUAUCCAACCGUGGACGGCCACAGCGAGCAGGCUACCUACAAGUUGGUGGUUCCCUGGGUGGAGGUGACUGGUAUAGAGGGUCUCCGGAGCCAGCCCCUGGUGCAAGAGCGGUACAUCAAGGUCUCCCUUAAAAAUGGUGACGAGCUAUGGUUCCUGCGCUUCAAGGACUAUAACCGGGGGCUCAGCGGGAUGUCGGACGGCCUCAAAGACUUCCGGGGGGAUCUCCCAAACUCCAGCCCCGGUCCCGAGGCCGAUAACAGCAAACCCGACAGCAAACCGCCCAGCAGGUCUGCCACCCCUCCUCUUCCCCCCUCCAAAACCACCCGCUCAAAUAGCCGGGGUAGGGAAAACGCACCCCCCCAGGACGAGAACCUGCAGGAGACGUAUACGGCGAGAGUGCAUGAAGCGAUCGAGAAGGUGCGCAGCAGCUCUGCGGACCACCUCCCGGGGUUGAGCGGUUCCGGGGCUGCCACGACAACGGUGUCCCGAUUACCAGCUGCGGGUCGCAGUGCGGGGGAGAGCACGAGUGGUCGGGGGAGAGCAGAAGGGUCCUCGGUAGACGGAGGCGCAAGCUCAAGCGCACCAUCAAGGGUUCCGGUAGAGAAACCUGGGGGAGGGGAUAUACUGGACGUCGGACAGAAGGAGAAGGUGGAGCUGAACAAUGCAUCGAAUGAGCCGCCGGUGAAGGCGCCGGGUGAAGGAGACGUCCUUGAUGCGGGUUCUAGAGAGGAGGUGUCUCUUCCAGAUGUAAACUCUAGUGAAUUUGAGACGGUGGAAAUCGAUGCUGAUGUUGUUGAAAAUGUUUCUGCUCGUGAAGUGGCCCCGGAGAGUAAAGAAAACGAAGAGUCAGCUAAGGAAACGAGGUAAUACUUGCUCGGACACAUCAGAGUCAAGCGUUGGACUGUUUCUUACUUGGUUCAAUCAAUUGCUGAUUGAAUGCAAUCUGGUAGUUGCAUUGUUCGGCCAGCAAAAGAGCUCUUGCUGAUUGAAUCACAAGCACAUGAAAUGUGUUAUAGCGAGU